AUCAGUAAAAUUGCAAAUAUUUUUAGAACUCUAUAAACAAAAUUACUAAAUUGGAGAAAAUGUCAUUUAACACGAUGAUACUUUGGGGAUUUGUCCUCAUGGGUGCACUUGCCGUUUAUGGUACGAGCUUUCCAAACCGGGAUUGUUUGCAUAGAAGUUCAGGAAUAGCAUUCCAACGAGGUCCAAAAGGCCAGCGAGGACCUCGUGGGAGGAUUGGUGAUAAAGGAGAUAGCGGUGAGGUUAUUUCAAUAAAAGGAGAACCAGGUGAAGAUGGCAGUUGCAUCAAAUGCGCUAAGACUAUACCGGGCCAGAAAGGCAGUGGCGGCCUACCUGGUACGAACGGAUUAUCUGCAUUUCGAGGACCAAAAGGCGAUGCAGGUUAUACUGGAAGAAAAGGUGAACCUGGAGACAUGGGUUUUCCUGGAAUAAAAGGCAGAAAGGGAGUGGCAGGUGUUACUGGUGUUCUGGGUCCGAGAGGUCCAACAGGAAGACGGGGUAUAUUUGGAAGCAACGGUGAGCGCGGUAUUCCUGGCCUGCCAGGAGUUAAGGGCCAGCAAGGAGAAAGUGGUGGCAAAGCGGCAUGCAAAUCAGAGAAAGUUAGCAAGUUAAAGCAGAGAUACCUACAACUUUACCAAGAAUAUAAAAAGUUGGCACAUAUGCUUCUUAACAAGAAUUAGAUAAAUACCCGAAGAUGUUUUUUAUUUCAGAUUUGAUAAUUUCAAAGGGAGUGCUGUAAAGGGAGCCUAUGGUGUUUUCGUAUUGUUAAAUUCUUUUUCUUGUGUUAUUUUGUUUAGUAUUUGAAACGAAGUCUUUGUUGAUAAAUAAACUUUAAUCUAAAUGAGUCUAAUUCUUUUUGCGUUAGAGUUUCAGUCUAUACUAACUUGUCCGUUUUUAAUUAAGCUCUGCACAACACACAUACACCCACGCAAUUUUAUACAUACAAGAGUUGACUAGUUGUUGACAUACAAGAGUUGACAGUGAAACAACAUAUUUGUAGUCGUUAUAAUCUGCACAACGAUUUUGUAUUUUCAAAAACUUUUAAUAUAAAAUAAUAUAAAAUUAAUCUUUUAAA